CAACCUAGCAUUCCGUGAGCGUGCAGCCACAUGAUAAAUGUAGUCCUAAAAUAUACAUUUAAAGCAAACAUAUUUUUUUUAUGGAAGAUAUUAAAUCUGAAUGGUUUUCGUAUCCACCGUAAAUAAUAUACUAUCGGCGAAAAACACAUAGAUUUUUUCAAACGAGUUUCUCGUUUACUAACAUCGUUGGGUGUGACCAUCCAAUCAUCUUUGUCCAAAUCUUCUCGCGGUUCGAGUUCAAAAGACACAGAGCAACCAGCAUGAAAAAGACAACGACCCAGUCCAGUGUUGUUUAACUUAGACAAAAAAUAUACAUAUUUUAUCAAGAAAGUUGUUGAAGAAAAAAUAUAUAUCUAGCAGGCUAGCUAGCUGACUUACAGAACCAAAAUGGCAGAAGGUGGAGAGGCAGACUGGGAACUUUGCAAAGAGAACAUCCAGCCCUUGAAGAAAGGUCGGGCCAUAUCAGUUUUACACCAGGCACUCAGUCAACAGCAAGAGGGUUCGAGCUCUGCCACCAACCAACACAAACAGGCUUUUGAGUCUGAACUGAGAGUGUAUGAUGGAGAUGACCCCCUUGAUGUUUGGGAUCGGUAUGUUAAAUGGACAGAGCAGACCUAUCCACAGGGAGGAAAGGAGAGUAACCUUAAUGUGCUUUUGGAGAGAGCUGUGAUGUGCUUUACAGAGGAAAAUAAAUAUCACAAUGACAGCCGUUAUGUUGACCUAUGGAUCAAAUUUGCAGAGAGUGGUCACGAGCCUUUGGAUAUCUACAGAUAUAUGCGAGCCCAGGGAAUAGGAGUACAACAGGCUUCCUUCUACAUUGCCUGGUCUGAGGAGUAUGAGCAUCAGGGUAACUCUCGAACAGCAGACAGUGUCUACCAGGAGGGCUUCAAGCGUGGGGCUGAACCUCUGGAGAAACUCCUGCAGUUCCACAAGGCUUUGCAGGCGCGUGUGUCCCGGCAGGUGAUGUCUGGAAUGGUGAAUGACGAGGAGGAGGAAGCUGAGGCAGCAAAGCCUGAGCGGGUUUCUCUGGUGGAUCUAAAACACAGGGGGAAGAAAAAGGCUGUUGCACCCAUUAGUAGAGUUGGUGCAGCACUAAGCAGUAAUUCACGAAGCCUACAGUUACAAGGCCCACCAGCUCUGGCCAGCAGUGGUCAAAACAGUUGCCUUGUGAUCUUUGAUGAGAACAAGGCUGUCAGCGCUGAGCCCUCUGAACCAAAGUUGGAAUCUUGGAUGGCCCCACCCCCAUCGAGAUUCAAGGAGAACGAGCAGAGGCCUGAGAAAUGGAGCGAUGUAAAGAUGCCAAUGAAGUCCAGGUUUGGUCACAGUGUUGUGGCUCUGCCCAGCAAGCCAAACUUCCAGCCCUUUGUGGAGGAGUCGGAUCAGCCUCCAGCUAUGACACCGUGUAAGAUCAACCCAGCGGUGAAUUCAGUGUUGUCUGCACGGAAGCCCUGCGGGGAUGAGACUCCUCUGAAGAGACUGCAGCAACAGCAGCAGGAAGAGGGGAAAGCUCUGGAGCAGAGCAUGUACUGCAAAAAGCUGCUGCUCAGUGGCGCCUCCGAGUUCUGCUUUGAGGAACUGCGGGCUGAGCGCUACCGACAGAAGAAGGCCUUGGAGUCAGGGGGCAGUGGCAAGGAAGAGCAAGCGGGCUCUGGUCUUCCAAACUGACACGUUUCAACAAGGACAUGUUCAGUGUUUUAUUAUUAAGUAGGAGACUAUCAGUGUCAUCAUGUAUGUAUUUUAGAGUUUGUGUAUAUAAAAAGUUUCAAACUUGUCCACUGUGGGAGUCAAACCCACAAGGGUCAUGCUCUACUAACUGAGCCAGAUGGCACCACUAAUAACACACUAUGUAUCUGUCUUUCUUUCCUCUUUAUUAUUUAUUUGCCUGCUUCAUGUAACCUCCCAGUGUAAUUAACCUUUCAGUGGUGUAGGAAUGACAGGGAGAAAUCCAGAGGUGAGAAUGACACGGUUCAAUUCAUAUCGAUGCAUAGCUGUCACUGCUGUGUAUUUUAUUUUAAUAUAUAUUUUUUAACCUUUAGUUAACAAGGCAAGUCAGUUAAGAACAAAUUCUUAUUUUCAAUGACAGCCUAGGAACAGUGGGUUAACUACCUGUUCAGGGGCAGAACGACAGAUAUGUACCUUGUCACCUCGGGGAUUUGAACUUGCAACCUUUCGGUUACUAGUCCAAAGCUCUAACCACUAGGAUACCCUGCCAUCCCAUAUAUAUGUACUGUACCAGUCAAACGUUUGGGCACACCUACUCAUUCAAGGGUUAUUGUUUAUUUUUGCGCUUUUCUACAUUGUAGAAUAAUAUUGAAUACAACAAAACUAUGAAAUAACACAUGGAAUCAUGUAGUAACCUAAAAAGUCAACAUACACAACAAAUCAACAUACCGUGCCGUUCAAAAGUUUGGGGUCACUUAGAAAUGUCCUUGUUUUUGAAAGAAAAGCACAUUAUUUGUCCAUUGAAAUAAAAUAGAUCAGAAAUACAGUGUAGACAUUGUUCAUGUUGAAAAUGACUAUUGUAGCUGGAAACGGCAGAUUUUUAAAUUGAAUAUCUACAUAGGCGUACAGAGGUCCAUUAGCAACCAUCACUCCUGUGUUCCAAUGGCAUGUUGUGUUAGCUAAUCCAAGUAUCAUUUUAUAAGGCUAAUUGAUCAUUGGAAAUCCCCUUUGCGAUUAUUUUAGCAAAGCUGAAAACUUGUCUGAUUAAAGAAGCAAUAAAACUGGCCUUUCGACUAGUUGAGUAUCUGGAGCAUCAGCAUUUGUGGGUUCGAUUACAGGCUUCACAAAACGUUGCGAACUGGCCCUAACCAGAAUAGCAAGAGGAGUGGGAGGCUCUGGUGCACAACUGAGCGAGAGGACAAGUACAUUCGUGUCUAGUUCGAGAAACAGACGCCUCACAAGUCCUCAACUGGCAGCUUCAUUAAAUAGUACCUGCCAAACACCGGUCUCAACGUCAACAGUGAAGCGGUGACUCCGGGAUGCUAUUUCAUAGUUUUGAUGUCUUCGCUAUUACAAUGUAGAAAAUAGUAAAACUAGAAAAAACCCUGGAAUGAGUAGGCAUGUCCAAACGUUUGACUGAUUCUGUCGGUUUAAAUGUACCCCACAGCUCUGUGGUGACCAUUUUUUAAUAAAUUAGAAAUAAAGGUUCA